UUCAUCAGUUGGCUUGUAAACAGUACCAGAAGAAGAAUGUCAAAGUGAAAGUAAAAGUUUUUAUAUCGGACGACUAGACGCCAUCUCGCAGGGUUCAAAACCAGAAAAUACCUUCACAUGUAACGGCCUGAAAUCAAGUCUCAUGUAGCAGGAAAAGAAGCAGAAAAGCCCGUAAAAUGAGUGUAUGAGGAGAGAAAGAAGGAGAAACCUGUCUGUGAAAUGAGUGUCUCUGAGGAGAAAGUGCAGGAGUCAUCUGUUGACGCUCAUAGAGCAGCGUCUCCAGGAUUCAGCUGUGUGUCUAUGAAGAGUAACAACUCCAUGUUUCUGCCCCCUAAUCUCAGUGAUGUUGACCCUCAGAGAGCGGCGUCUCCAGGAUUCAGCUGUGUGUCUAUGAAGAGUAACAACUCCAUGUUUCUGCCCCCUAAUCUCAGUGAUGUUGACGCUCAGAGAGCAGCGUCUCCAGGAUUCAGCUGUGUGUCUAUGAAGAGUAACAACUCCAUGUUUCUGCCCCCUGAACUCAGUGAUGUUGACGCUCAGAGAGCAGCAUCUCCAGGCUUCAGCUGUGUGUCUGUGAAGAGUAACAACUCCAUGUUUCUGCCCCCUGAACUCAGUGAUGUUGACGAUCAGAGAGCAGCAUCUGCAGGAUUCAGCUGUGUGUCUAUGAAGAGUAACAACUCCAUGUUUCUGCCCCCUGAUCUCAGUGAUGGAGCUGCUGUGACCUCUGACCCUGGUGCUGGGAGAGCUGACCAGAUCAGAUAUGUGUCCUGUCAGACCUCCACAUCCUCCUACAGUCAGAACCACAUCAAUUAUCAUGACACAGAAGCACCUCAGCAGCUCGAUUCUCAUCAACCAGUGCAUGAUGAUCUACAGAGAGUCAAAGACCAGCACAAGACCAGCAUGAAGAACAAGUAUGAGAGCUUAUUUGAGGGAGUCAAACUACAAGAGAAUCAAACCCUCCUGAACAGGAUUUACACACAGCUGUACAUCAUAGAGGGAGAGAGUGAAGGAGUGAAUGAAGAACAUGAGGUGCUACAGAUGGAGAAAAGUUACAGGACACUCCAAGACACUCCAAUCAACUGCAAUGACAUCUUUAACCCUUUACCUGAACCUGGAUAUGAUGAGAUGAGAAAGAAGAGGAGAGACAAAAUAAAGACUGUUCUUACUAAAGGUAUUGCUGGAAUUGGAAAAACUGUCUCUGUGCAGAAGUUCAUUCUGGACUGGGUCGAGGGAAAAGCCAAUCAGGAUGUAGAUUUCAUGUUUGUUCUUACAUUUAGAGAGCUGAACUUGAUUAAAGAUCAUCAGUACAGUCUUCACAGACUUCUGCUUGACUUUCACCCUGAACUUCAAGAUCUGGACUCAAAGAUUUAUGAUGAAUGUAACGUUGUGUUCAUCUUUGAUGGUCUGGAUGAAAGCAGAAUUAAACUGAUGUUUUCAGACGGUCAGAAAGUUUCUGAUGUGACUGAGAUUUCAUCAGUGGGUGUGUUGAUGUCAAACCUCCUGAAAGGAGAUCUGCUUCCCUCUGCUCUCAUCUGGAUCACCACCAGACCAGCAGCAGCCAAUCAGAUCCCCUCUAACUACAUCAACCGUGUGACAGAGAUUCAGGGAUUCAAUGACCCUCAGAAGGAGGAAUAUUUCAGGAAGAGAAUCAGUGAUGAGCAUCAAGCCAGCAGAAUCAUCUCACACAUCAGAAGAUCAAGAAGCCUCCACAUCAUGUGUCACAUACCCGUCUUCUGCUGGAUCUCAGCCACUGUGCUUCAAAACAUCCUGAAACAAGAUCUCAGUGCAGAAAUCCCUCAAACUCUGACUGAAAUGUACAUCUACUUCCUGCUCAUUCAAACAAAUAUGAGGAACCAGGAGUAUGAAGAGAGAGAUCCAGAGAAACUCCUGCAGUCCAACAGAGAAGUGAUUGUGAAACUUGCUGAACUGGCUUUCAGUCAGCUGAUUAAGGGCAAUGUGAUGUUUUAUGAGGAGGACCUGAGAGAGAGCGGUAUAGACGUCACUGAUGCCUCAGUGUAUUCUGGGAUCUGCACUGAGAUCUUUAGGGAGGAAUCUGUGAUUUAUCAGAGGAAGGUUUACAGUUUUGUACAUCUGACCUUUCAGGAGUUUUUUGCAGCACUGUAUGUGUUUUACUGCUAUUUACACAAGAACAGUGAGAUUCUGAAAAUGUUUCUGACAGGAAAGUCCAGAACUCAGUGUGAGAAAGUUUCUCUGGAUGUGUUUCUGAAAGGAGCAAUGAAUAAAGCCUUAAAGAGUAAAAAUGGACACCUGGAUCUCUUCCUUAGGUUUCUUCAUGGCGUCUCACUGGAGUCCAAUCAGAGACUCUUACAGGAUGUGCUGAUACACACAGAGAACAACCCAGAGAGCAUCAAGAAAAUAACCCAAAACCUCAAACGAGGUCAAAACAACGUCAGUCCUGACAGAUGGAUAAAUCUGUCACACUGCUUGAUUGAGAUGAAGGAUAACUCAGUUGUUGAAGAAAUGCAGGCAUUUUUAAACUCUAAUACAAAAGAAAAAAGUCUUACUCUUGCACAAUGUUCAACUUUGGCAAACAUAAUCCUGAUGUCAGAGGAGGCACUGGAUGAGUUUGAUCUCAAAAAAUACACCACCAAAUCAAAAGAUGGGAGACAGAGACUGUUACCUGCUGUGAGGAACUGCAGAAGAGCUCUAUUGACAGGCUGUGAUCUCACUUACCAACACUGUGAAAUUGUGGUUUUAUUUUUAUUAGCUAAAUGCUACCUGAGAGAGCUGGACCUGAGUAACAAUGAGCUGCAGGAUUCAGGAGUGGAGCUGCUCUGUGCUGGACUGAAGAGUUCAAACUGUCAACUCAACGUACUGAGGUUUUUUUUUGUUAUUUUCAUUUUUAUAUUUGCUAAAUGCAAACUCACUGAUCAGUGCUGUAAAACUGUGACUUCAGCUUUACAAUCAUCAAACUCUCUGAGAGAGCUGGACCUGAGUAACAAUCGUCUGCAGGAUUCAGGAGUGGAGCUGGUCUGUGCUGGACUGAAGAGUUCAAACUGUCAACUCAACGUACUGAGAUUAUCUCAGUGUUUGGUGACAGCAGAAGGUUGUGCUGCUCUGGCAUCAGCUCUGAGUUCAAACCCCUCACACCUGAGAGAGCUGGAUCUGAGCUACAAUCACCCCGGAGAUUCAGUGAAGCUGCUCAGCCACCUGGAAAAACUCAAGUAAGUUGAGCAGAAACAAUCAUCCUAUCUGCUGUGUGUGUGUGAGAGAAUUUGUCAUGUUUUGUGGAUGUCAAGAGAAACUUUAGUACUCAAAUAACUUUAUUUUUGUCCCAGACAGAAGCUCAGCUUCUCUAUGAUGAUUGGAUGAGCUUUCAAAUGGAAAGUAAUUUACAACAAACAGUGAUAAUUGUUUAAUUUAGGGCUUGGAAUGAACAUCUUCCAUGAUACCAGUGAAGAUCUUAGUCAUUUCUGCUUCUCUGAUGUAGUGAUGCAACGAUUAUAGAUUUUGUUGGUACGAUUAUAGUCUAAAGAAUAAUCACAGUUUCACGAUUAUUAUGCAUUCAUUAAUUUCACAACACUACUAAUGUAUAAAAUCGCAUGAACACUCUUUAGAUUUUAAAGUGUUAUUUAUUGCUGUCUUUUGAAACAGAAAUAACACAGUAACCAAAUAAUGCAACA